UCGGCGAAACAAAUGUUUGUGCAAAUUGUUGUUUGUUUAAUGAAUAUUUUAUAAAGUGAUCUUAAAUUAGUUAAAUUUAUUUUUUUAAUUAAUUCUUUGUUUCGCUUUAAAAGUUUAAAUUAUACUGCAUCUUAACCAUGAGUGACAAUCUAGGUGACUUGGAAUAUAUACUGCCUCGGAUUACUACUGAUGAUUUACGGGAAUUGAACUUGGAUUUAAAUUCAUGGUCUGAUAGCAAUCAGACUGAACUUCCAUUUCUGGCCAUACCACCUGAUUCAGAUCCAGCACAGCGGGAUAUUAAAACUGAGCCGACUAGUCACUCCUCUGCAGAAUAUGAUGGUUUUUCUACCAUGGCGCUACAGAAUAUGAAUUCAGCUGCCAUUCAACAUUCAGUACAAACUGUUCCCAGUAACAAGGACUUUGCUGGGGAUUACAACUUUGAUCUCAAAGUAGCAUGUAGCAAACUUGGACAACAAAAACCUCAAGUUACUUACUCUCAAAAACUGAAUAAGGCUUUUAUCAACAUGGGACAUACACUGCCAAUAGAUUUUUUUGGAACCCUAUGA